GCGCGGAGCGGGCCGGCAGGAAAGCGGAGCCGAGGGAAAGAGAGACCGAGAGAGAAAGACGAAAGACCCUCCAGUUGGGACUUGGAUGCCGUGGUGUACAGAAGUGUGUGCGCGCUCCAGGCAGCGCCGUGCCGAGCCGCAAAGUUGUGACCCGUUGUAAGCACUACGGCGCCGCGGUACCGGUACCGCACCGCGGCCUUCAAGCGCGCCGCCAGCGCCUGCCCGCGUGUGUCCGUUCGUCCGUCCGUUCGCCGGGCCUUGGCCGUGCUGUGGAUAACCUAACCUCACCAUGAGUUGUGGGUACUUCUCGCCGGUCGCCGGUCGUUGUGGAUAACUUGUUGGAUACCUAGUCGCCGUGUCGGAUACCCCAGCGUCAAGAUGACGUCAGCCAAGGCCAAAGCGCCGGCCCGGCCGGUGUUCGGCACCCUCAACGAGCACCUGGUGUGCACGCUGUGCAAGGGCUACUUCGUGGACGCCACCACCAUCACGGAGUGCCUCCACUCGUUCUGCCGGAGCUGCAUCGUCCAGUACAUCCAGGGCAGCAGCUUCUGCCCGCGCUGCGAGGUGCAGCUCCACAAGGGGAGCCCACUGCGCAGCCUCAAGCCCGACAAAACCCUCCAGGACAUCGUGUUCAAGCUAGUGCCAAAUCUGUUUCACAAUGAAAUGCAGAGGAGAAGAGUCUACUACGACGCUCACCCACAGUAUGCUGACCAGACGACUCCGGAGCAGCGGGGAGACUGCCUGGAAAGGUUCUACUCGCCGGACGACCGCAUCAGCCUAUCGCUCGAGUACCAUGACAGGAGGAGAGUCAAGGCGGGCGAGGAGAGGCCGCUGCGGCCCAAGCGGUACCUCGAGUGCCCCGCGCUCUUCACCGUGGGGCUGCUCAAGAGGUUCGUCAGGGACAAGUUCGAGCUGCCGUCGGAAAUCCUGAUUGACGUUUUCCUGCGAAGGGAGAGCCUUGCUGAUGAGUACACGCUGCUGGAUAUUGCCUACAUCUACCCCUGGAAGAGGAGCGAGCCCAUGCGGUUCUUCUACCGCCUGCGGGACUCCAGGGUGCCGGAGAGCGACGAGGAGGUGGAGCGGGAGAUGCCCUCGCUGUGCGCCGCGGUGACGGCGCGGGCGACGCGGGCCUCGCGCAGGGCCUCGUCGGCGUCCUCGCUGGCCAGCCCCCUGGCCAGUCCGCGCGGCAGCCCCGUGCCCCGCAUCAAGACCGAGUCCCCGCCGCCGGCCAAGCUGACGACGCAGCCGCCGGCAGGCACCCCUCAGCCAAAGCCCCUGACGCUGGCCAAGCCCGCGCCGACGUCGCCGCCGCCCAAGGUGUGCAGCCCCACGAGCACCGGGCCAAAGAUCACCCUCACCAUCUCACCCUCGCGCGGCACCGUCACGUCCACCACGACGGAGCUGCCGCCCAGGCCGGAGAACAUCGUCUGCCCCGCGCCGCUCAAGUCCCCCACGUUGGUGCCUGUCCCAGCGCCCAAGCCGGCGACGCCCACCUCGGCGACACCCACCUCGGCGACACCCACCUCGGCAACGCCCACCUCGGCAACGCCCACCUCGGCGACGCCCACCUCGGCAACGCCCACCUCGGUGCCGCCUAGCACCGCGGCGCCGACCCCUGGACCCUUAUCGGCACCCUCGGCCAAGAAGCCCAGCGCGCCAAACGCGGCCGCCGCACCAAAGCCCAUGGCCGCCGCCCCCGUGUCGAAGAACUUCCCCGCCACCAUCACCACGAGGACGCCCAACGGUGGCUUCAUCACGGUCAAGAACCCGGUGGGGCGGCCACCCAACGGCAUGACGGUGGGCGCCAAGAUCGGCAGCCCGCCGCCCAAGAGCCCGGUUGGCCCGGCCAAGCCCGUCGCGUCCUCGCCCAAAGCGUCGCCUCAGGCCGCCGUCAAGACCAAGCGCCACAGCAACGGGCUGCCCGUGCUCGCACCGAAGGACCCCAAGCUGUCCACGACCACGCUCAGCCCCAUCGUGGCCCUGCAGAACAUCGUCCAGAUCAACAAGAUGGCGGAGGCCAUCAGGAACCCCGGCGUGGCCAACGGCAACGCGCGCCCGGCGGGUAAGGAGCAGGCCGCGGACGACGAGAAGAACAAGGUGGAGACGGCCAAGGCCAUCCUCCAGCUCAGCAUGGGCUUCAAGCGCAGCGACACGCCGACGGACACGACGCUGCACAACCGCAUCGACAACAUCGUCAAGGGCCUCCAGGACGACGAGUCGAACGACGGCACCCUCUUCAUCAAGAGCGAGCCGUCCAGCCCCGAGGCGCCAGCGGACGCCGCCAGCCCGCGCGGCUCGCCCGUGCCGCCCGCCGCGCCCGCCCAGCCCGCCAACGCGGCGCCGCCCGCCAUCCCCAAAGUGAACGGACUGACCAUCACCCCCAUCGAGCCCGGCAAACGCAAGGCUGCACCAGGACCCGUGGGCGGCGUGGAAGAGAAGAGGAUCAAGAUGCACGACGCGCCGCCGGCGGCCUCCAAGAGGCCCGCCGAGGCCACGCCCACCGCGUCGGGCCCCGCCAAGAUCGCCAAGGUGGACAAGAUUGCCGAGUCCAUCCAGCAGAAGCAGCAAGUGACGAAGAGGCCGCCUACGCCCAAGCCCAUCGCGACCAAGCCCUCCGCGCCUUCGCCGGGGACAACCACCAAGCCGCCCAUGUCCUCGCCGUCGUCCUUCAUGUCGUUCCCGCCCGCGCAGAUCAAGCCCGUGUUGCCCCAGGCGCCCAAGCCCUUGGCGCAGCUGGUGCCCCGGCCGGCGGCCAAGUCGCUGCCCCCGCUGCAGCCGAAGCCCGUCGUCAUGGCGCCCCAGGCGCCGCGGCCACCGCACCCCGCUACGCCAACCGCGGCCCAGGCCAAGCCCGGCACCGUGCAGCAGAACAACCAAACCAAAGUCAGCCCUGCCCAGCAGAAAGUCCAAAUGAAACCCGGCACACCGCAGCAGAAUAAGCAAGCCAAACCCGGUACUCCUCAGCAGAACAAUCAGACCAAACCCACAGCAGGCCAGCAGAAUAACCAAGCCAAACCCGUUAGUGCCCAGCAGAUGAAUCAAGUCAAACCGGGUUCUUCACAGCAGAACAGUCAAGCCAAGCCCGGCACUCCCCAGCAAACCAACCAAGUGAAACCCGGAACUCCCCAGCAGACCAAUCAAGCAAAACCCGGUACUCCCCAGCAGCCUAAUCAAGUCAAACCUGGCGCUCCCCAGCAGUCCAACCAGGCCAAACCCGGUACUCCCCAACAGAACAACCUGGCGAGACCCGGUACUCCCCAACAGAACAACCUUGCCAGACCCGGUACUCCCCAGCAGACCAGCCUAGCCAGGCCCGGUACUCCUCAGCAGACAAACCAAGCAAAACCCAGCACUCCUCAACAGAACAACCAAUCAAAACCCGGUACUCCUCAGCAGACCAACCAAGCCAGACCAGGCACUCCCCAGCAGACCACCCAAGCCAAACCCGGUACUCCUCAACAGGUUAACCCGGCCAGACCUGGACCCGUUCAACAGAACAACCAAGUCAAAAGCAGCCCUGCCCAGCAGAACAACCAAGCCAAACCCUCCGCUGACCAGUUGAACAACCAAGCCAAAGCCGCCUCUGGAGCGCAGAGUCAGCAGACCAAGCCCGCUCCCACGCAGCCCUCAAAGCCUGCCAACGCGCAGCAGCCGCAGCAGCAGCAGCAGAACCCGGCGACGCAGCCCAGCAAACCCACGGCAGUGCCGUCGCCAAUGCAGUCGCCCAACAACCAGGCCACCAAGAAGCCCGAGUCUCCUGCCAAGAGCAAGAAGCCCAUCCCGGACCUGCAGAGGCUGCAGCGGCCGCUGUCCGGCACCACGGUCAACGGCAGCCUGUCGCUAGCGGAGGUCAAGGAGCAGCUCGCCAAGAAGGGGCACUACAGCCCGCCGUCACCGCAGCAGCAGCCGCAGCAGCCCAACCGGACGCCGCCGCGGCUCAUCGAGAUUUCGCAGCAGCGCAAGUCGGCCGGCCCCGGCAUCCCCGGGCACCGCGACUACGGCGGCGCCCUGGACCUGACGGCGGCCUCGCCACGCGCCGCGGAUCACGGCGGCAGCUGGACGCCGCCGCCGAACUUCGCGCAGACGGUGGUGAAGAGGCAGCAGCUGCUGCAGCCCAUGCUGAGGCCGCCGCCGUCCUCGCUGUCGUCGGCGUCGCCCUCGCCGCCCGCCGACAGCCCCGGCUCGGCCACGUCGUCCGUCAGCCCGGAGCUCUUCAUGGAGCAGAACAGCGUGUUGGCCCAGCAGGUGCAGGCGCAGGCCAUCCUGCAGCACAUGCAGCUGCAGAGCCUGCUGCAGGCCCAGGCCCAGGCCGCCAUGCAGCCGCGCUUCCCGCUCGGGCUCAAGAAGGCCAUCGAGGACUGGGGCGUCAAGGCGACCGCCAAGAGGAAGUGAUGUGUGUGAUGUGAUAUAGACGUUCUUGCGAACGAUUUAUCUGUGAUAGAACCUUAUCUUUGAGUUAAUCAUGUUUAAUUUCGCCCCCCUCUGAGCCCGACUGCAAAGUUCGGGUGGGACGCGAGUGUGUCGAUGUUUGCGUGCCAAAACGGCGUCUCGCACGGGGGCUGUAUGUUCGGUAGUUCGUUCUUGUGGUGCACUGGACGACUCGGCAGAUGAGCCCGUGCCCUGGACUGAAGACGCCAUGAGUGAGGCACACGAGUCUCCUUUUUCUUGAAGGCAGGUGUUCAGGUGUUCAAGUUUCCUUGUGGCAAAGCCUGCCUGUGAUACUUUCCCGCGCGUUUCCCGUUCGUCUAUCCGUGUGCCCACUAGCCGGUUGUGUAGAUUGAACUCUUCACUUGAUUCUGCUCGGCUCAUGAAAUCUCACAGCGGUCAAGUCAAUGUGAUUAUUUUAUUUUUUCCCGAAAUUUUGAAAACUUUAUUGGAGUGCGUUGGCACCAGUGGGGGCCAUCGACUCCAUUGCGAGGGAUUGCACUAGUCAAUACCGAAAUGCGGCGAAGGCCGGUGCUCACAGUCGCACGAGGAGCAAUCAACUAAGAUGUUACGCUUUGUAUCAAGCAGCGAGUACAUUUAUGACUGAAAUUGUUUUGCAAUCUGAGGACUGAGACAAGUGUCAUAGUUUUGUUACACUGCCAUAUGUACUGCCCAAUACCAAGUCUGUUGCCGUACAGAGUCUGAUUUCCUCUGUGCUAAUGCGCAACUGCGAGGUUCACUGUUGAAAUUUUUCGAUCUAUUUUUUUGUCGGAAUGUGUUGAAUGAAUUAUGUAACGCAGUCUCCCCGCGUCUGAUUGGCAGAGACGCGGAGCAGCUGCCGUCGCUGGACUUCCCCGCCCCGGGGUCCAAAGUUGUUAAUGUUCCUUUUAUUGUUCGAAACGUUACAUUUGGGACAAUGAAGACGUCUUCGGAGCCAGUUUAUGUUUGUACAUAUCAUUGUGUGAAAGGCUGAUUUGUAAAUUUCACCUGUUGAUAACGCUUAUUAUUAAAAUUAUCUCUUUUCCGAA